GUAAAUAUGAUGUCAUUUUUCGACCUUAUUUGAAUACCAGAAAAAGAGUCCAUCUUGGGCUCUCCCACAGGGCCACAAAGAUUCCACCUUCUUUGUACUAUAUAAAGAAGUGAUGUCACACAAGUUCAUGCAUGUCCCGUGUUUAAAACUUGAUAAGAUUGUCAUAGGGCCACAAAGAUUCCACCUUCUUUGUACUAUAUAAAGAGGCCUGUUCUUUGUUUACAAACCUUAACGCAUUGGAUCCUUUUCCGUGAGCGAAAAAUUGUUUACAGUUGGACUCCACGAAAAUGGUGAAUCCAGAAAAUAUCCCCUCUUGCGAUGUCAAACCUUCUCGUUUAACAAGAGAUCAAGAGCAUGUGAUAAUGGUGUCUGCUCUACGACAAGUGAUAUCUAACGACCGAGGUGACAAUUCAUCAACGAACGCGGUUGCAUUCGAAAGUCUUCAUCAACCUUUUGACGCUGGUCCUUGUCCUCUCUGCAAUAUUACCGGUUGCUCCGGUUGCGCAUUCCCAGUGCAUGUAGAGAUAGACAAGGAGAAGAAGCACAAAGGUGUAAGACAAAAACCAUCAGGUAGAUGGUGUGCGGAGAUAUGGGAUCCGAGUUUGCAAAGAAGGAGAUGGCUUGGAACGUUUCCAACACCUAAAAUGGCUGCGGAGGUUUACGAUGAUGCGGCGGCAAAUCUUGUCAAGAAAAAGGCAGCAAGAAGCGGCACAUUAACGAACGGAGAGGAACCAUCCAUACACCGAAAAGACGACGGCGGAAGAUGAGUGAGGAAAUUUUUGGUCGUGUCUCACUCGAAGUAAACAUGCAGUUGACUACAAUAUAUAAAGCUACAACUAAAAAGUAACAAGUUAUUUCUUUUCAGUUUAUUAUAGCGCCUAAACAUUGUGAUUGUUUCUUUUUAGUUUUAGCUUUAUAAGUAAAUUUGGUUUUUCUGUUUUUCAUAUUGUUCACCAUGUUUUAAGUGUUGCAUGAAAUUAAAUUUGGUUGUAUUGUUUGCAAUCAGAAGAAUUCACACAA